AUGGUUUCCCGAAAGCGGUCUCUGACGCAUCCGACUGAUGCACCCAUGGCGAAAAGACUACGCGAUGCGAGAGCUCUUCGGCGAGCUGCUCAACGAGAUCCGAUUCAACUAGAUCGGAUCACCGAGUACAACGCUAUCGAGUCCCCUUUCCUCCGCUUGCCAGCCGAGAUACGCGAUGUGAUCUAUGCCAGCGUCUUCGAGGACGAGCAGUGGGUAUUCCAUGAAGACGAUUCAUCCUACGAAAAAGGCUUCUUAAGCUCAAGAUCAUUCCGCGAGAGUAACCUCGGAUUGCUAUCCACUUCUCGCCAACUACGUGCAGAAACCGAAUUACUUCCGUAUAAGCUUGCGACGUUCCACUUCAGAUUCUAUGAUUGGGACGACUGGAGCGAAGUGGCGUGGUUGGGGCGUCUUCAGAUGAGAUUCUUCGAGACUAGAACAGUGGAACAGCUUCAAGCUAUGACUACGGUAACAGUCUCCGGACAUGUCGACGUGUUGAAGAUCUACAUACAUUAUCGAGGGAACGUGGCUUCCUGGUUUGAUUUCUUGCCCCCCAUGUCAGGUAAGGCACCUACCCAGAAAUGGAAAUCGUUGCAGAAACAGCUAGGCGCCAAGUGCACAGGUCUCGAUUUUUAG